AUGCCGCUUUUCCUCAUCACACAAUUUGUCUACGUCAUUUCCCUCUUCACCUUUCAAUUUGAUCGACUCAAUGAACGCUCACGCGAUUUUAACAUUGUGGUUUGCCAUGUUUUUGGAACUCUGGCCUGCCAGCUGCUCCUCGUCUCUCCAGUCAAGUGGUUCCUCGUCAACGCGUCUUCGCUGGUACUGGUCGUGGCUACAUUCUUGUGUUACAGUUAUCUCUUGCGUCUCCUCAACAAUGCUUCCCAAACACAAAGGUUGGAGAUUGAUCGCAAUGGAGAUGGACAGGCUACUGAGAUGGUGGAUGUGGAAGUUGAAAAAGCAGUUGGAUUCAAAAGGAAGAGAAACAAUAACAGGAUUGAAGAGAAGCAGAAAGAAGUAAUCCAUGUCAGGGCAAAAAGAGGUCAAGCUACUGAUAGUCACAGUUUAGCAGAACGGGUGAGAAGAGAGAAGAUCAAUGAAAAGCUAAGAUGCUUGCAGGACUUGGUUCCAGGAUGUUACAAGGCAAUGGGAAUGGCAGUUAUGUUAGAUGUGAUCAUAAACUACGUUCUGUCACUACAGCAACAGAUUGAGUUUCUCUCCAUAAAGCUCUCAGCGGCAAGCAUGUGUUUUGAUUUCAACACCUACGAGAUGAAUACCAUCCAAACCAUGCAGAGAAGUCCUAGCACAGAUGGAAUCCAAGGGAUGGAAAUGAUGGAAGGAGAAGGUUAUGGAGGCUUUGCUUAUUGGAACCCUACAUGGCCACUUCAGUAAGAAGAAGAAGAAGGAGAAGAGAAAGUCUUUGUUUC